UGUUGUUUAGUCCACUCAAAAGAGGAUGUUGAGGCUUGUUUUUCCUCCGGACCCAAGGGUGCUCAGGAGCCCCGUAGCCCCUGCCUGUCUUGUACAACGCGUCUCUGAGAAGACGGCGGAGUGUGGGGCUGCGUGGACGUCCCCAGGCGGACCCCAGGGCAUGGCACACAUCCACGACAGCGAUGGGAGCUCCAGCAGCAGUCCCCAGACCCCCAAGAGCACAGCCAAAUGGGCGUCUUCCCUGGAAAAUCUGCUUGAAGACCCAGAAGGCGUGAAAAGAUUUAGGGAAUUUUUAAAAAAGGAAUUCAGUGAAGAAAAUGUUUUAUUUUGGCUAGCAUGUGAAGAUUUUAAGAAAACACAAGAUAAAAAGCAGAUGCAGGAAAAGGCGAAGGAGAUCUACAUGACCUUUCUGUCCAGCAAGGCCUCGUCCCAAGUCAACGUUGAGGGCCAGUCCCGCCUCAAUGAGAAGAUCCUGGAGGAACCGCAUCCACUGAUGUUCCAGAAGCUCCAGGACCAGAUCUUCAACCUCAUGAAGUAUGACAGUUACAGCCGCUUCUUAAAGUCUGACUUGUUCUUAAAACACAAGCGGACCGAGGAAGAGGAUGAAGAAUCACCAGAUGCCCAGACUGCAGCUAAAAGAGCUUCGAGAAUUUAUAACACAUGAGCCCUCCAGGCGCUAGCAGGACUGGCAGCUUUCAGAAUCGAAGGAACUCACUCUCAGGACCAUGCAGGGUGCAUAAUGGCUUUGUUAUCUGCAAGGACUGAAAUGUACAAAAACCCUUCCAUGGGAUCUGUGUAUUUUAUUAUCUGCUUGACCAGUAAGUUUUGCAUGAUGGCUUAUCUUAGAUAAAAAGACAAAUAGCUUUGAAGUUUUAGUUCUGUCUCACACACAAAAGUGAAAUAGUCCUUACACACUGGACAUCUUGAGUAUUUUACGGCUUGAUUAAACUUCAUGUGAGGCCUCCAGGUGAAA